GUUUAUUUUAAAGUUUGAUUCCAAUUAAAGAAGCCAAUUUGAUGUAAGUGAAAACUAAUUAUAAUGGAACACAUAUAUUCAUUCUUGAUUAACAAUCAGGCAUUUUUAUAUAUGAAAUUAAUAUAUCGAAAGGUGAAAUAAUAAUGAGUGAUUAGAACAUUUAAAUCAAAGGGGGUAGAGCAUUUGAUUUUUAUCGAGAUAUUAUGUUUAUUUUAUUAGAGACAGAGGAUGAACUUCCAUAUGUUUUGGAGUUGUUUUUUGAUUUAGAUAAGAAAGAACAUUAUUUCAAUAAGAUUACAUCAUAUGAAUAAGAAGUUUAUGAUUUACAUGUUGAUGAGAAAUUAACCAUUUUAAUAGGGAAUGAUUUACAUUCAAUAAUUGAUAAUUCUAUUUAUCAUAGAUUUUAUGAAAGAUAAAAUGAAAAUGAAAACUAGUUCUAUUUCAAUUAAAUUGAUUUAAUUUAAGUGAAUAGUUUAAAAUUACCUUGGAAUAAAUAAAUAAAACUUGGAUAUCCAUUUGAGAAUGGACUCUUAUAAUCAAUAAAAUUAUAAUAUGAUGAAACAUAUAUGGUUUCUAUUUCAGGGAAGGAGGUCAACUUAUUUGUAUUAAAUUAAAUAUCUCCUUGGGUAUUAUGUGUGGCUGAAGAUUCUACAAAAGAAGUAUGAAAUUAUUAGAAUUUAGUUUUAUUAAUUGAGAAUAAAAUCUUAGAAAUGCCCAUCCAUGAAAUAUGAUAAUGAGAGUCCAUUCAUUAUAUGUGAAUCUGAUUUAAAUUUUAGUUUCGAAGGUUUGGAAGUUUAUAUUUAUGAAGAAAAUUCUAAAUUAUUCUUGAUAAUUGUAGGUGUUAUAAUACUAAAAAUAGUUGGAUUAUCGAUUAUAUUAGUAUUUUAUAAAAAUAGAUAUGAAAAACUCACUAUUUUAGAAGAAUAAGCAAGUACAUAGGUGACAGAAAUUAGUGACAGAAUUGUAAAUACAGAACAUAUAUCUACAAUACCAUGA